CCUAGGCCGCUGGGACACUGGAGUCUAGGCCGGGAGGAGGAUUGUCAGGUACAGGAGCUGCCUACGUUGGCUUCAGGAAGAACGCAGUAAGCGAAGGCUUCCUGGAGUAUGUGGCAGGGUGAUGAGGGCCCAAACGGAGGAGAGAUUGAAUGGGUCAGGAUAAAAGGAUCUGGCCAAUGGGAGCGCGCAGAGCACGGGCAUCCUGGAGGCGGGGCUAGAGGGCAGACCAAUGACGGGAGGGUGACGGCGACAUCAGCGUCGGCUGCGCGGUGGCUGGAAGUUACUGUGCGGCGGUGGCUAAGAAGGGGGCUGUGGUGGCUGCGGUGGCGGCUGCGGCGGUGGCUGAGGCAGCGACGGAGGAAACAGAAGAUGGCAGAUUUUUUGAAAGGAUUGCCCGUCUACAACAAAAGCAAUUUUAGUCGAUUUCAUGCUGACUCUGUGUGCAAAGCCUCGAACCGACGUCCCUCAGUCUACCUGCCUACACGGGAGUACCCAUCUGAACAGAUCAUUGUAACAGAAAAGACAAACAUCCUUUUGCGCUACCUACAUCAGCAAUGGGACAAAAAGAAUGCUGCCAAAAAGAGAGACCAGGAGCAAGUGGACCUCGAUGGCGAGAGCUCGGCACCCCCCCGCAAGGUCGCACGGACUGACAGCCCAGACAUGCACGAGGACACUUAAGACUCUUGUUCCCCUACUGGUGCCUCCUGUCUUGUCUGCUCCUCGCCCAACAGCCUUGUGUAAGCACUGCCCCCCCCACCCCUGCCAGCCUGCCUACGCCUGGCCACCCAUACCACUUCCAACCUCAUAGGAGCCAAUGUAUUUAUUUUCCUUGAGUUUUUAUUUAUGCUGUAAAAUGUACCAAGCGAUGGUUAAAGGGGACGUCAGACCCAGUAGUGUGAUGUUGGUAGAUGCUUUUUAAAAACGUUAUUCACCCAACACCCCCUGCCCUCAGUUCCUCUCCUCCUGCCCCCAAAUCUCCCCUGGAGAUCAGAGUGUGUCUGUGAGGGUCCAGAGUGGCCAGCAGCACAACUGGGGGCCGUUCUUGCGCCCAUCCACUGGUCUGGGCCUUAAAGACUUGGCCAGGACCUAUUCUGUGCCCAGACCUUGCUCUGAGCAUGCACCAGGGGGAGAAGUUGGCCCUUACGGAUCUUUCUCUUAAGUCGUUUUAUCAUGGACUAGUGCGUGCUCCAUGUCCACCCCAAUAAAAGGAUCUUUCCGACUUGA